AUAUAAGGCGCUGGAUAAGUGAUUGCAAGUGUCUUACAUUUCCCUGGAGGCGCUUCCUUGUGGAAGGAAAGGCGGAGGAGUUCGUGGACUUAAGGAGCAGCGAUCAUGACGAAGAGAACUAAGAAGGCUGGAAUUGUCGGCAAAUAUGGCACUAGGUAUGGUGCUAGUUUGAGGAAGCAAAUUAAGAAAAUGGAAGUUAGCCAGCACAGCAAGUACUUCUGCGAGUUCUGUGGCAAGUAUGCUGUGAAGAGGAAAGCAGUUGGUAUAUGGGGAUGCAAGGACUGCGGUAAGGUGAAGGCUGGUGGUGCUUAUACCCUCAAUACGGCUAGUGCAGUGACGGUGAGGAGCACUAUUCGCCGCUUGAGGGAGCAGACAGAGGGAUAAUUGAGCCGGCUUUGGUAUAGUAGUAUCGUUUUUGGUAUUCUUUUCCUGUGCCAGAGGUGGCCAGGAUUUUGUGUUUCUUAGUUCAUUUUGUCCAAGUUGUAGCUGCGAUGAAAUAUCUAAUGGGAUUGAUGUUUAAAAGACUACUUCCACCAUACUUAGAUCUUAUUAAAUACCAAUCGAUUACCUCUUUAACUUCACCAUGUGAUGGUUCCAACACAUUUGUGAAGGUGUUGGUUGCAUGGAUCAGCUCUGAAUGUGUGUGUUAGCCAAGUUG